AUGGCCAAGGCACAGUCCAUGGCGGCGCUGCUCGCCGUGGUGCUCGUCCUGGGCGCGUCCGCGGACGUCGCGCACGGCGUCUGCAACAUCUCCAGCGGCGGGAUCCGCGCGUGCCAGCCGGCGGCGGCCAUCCGCAACCCGACGGACGCGCCGUCCGCCGACUGCUGCGCGGCGCUGGCGGGGGCCGACCUGCCGUGCCUCUGCCGGUACAAGAACGUCGGCGCCAUGUGGGUGAGGUUCUACAAGAUCGACGUGAAGCGCGCCAUGGCGCUGCCGCGCAAGUGCGGCCUCGCCAUGCCCGCCAACUGCUGA